GAAGUCUGAAGAAGCGCCCUGAAGGCGCCGCCUCGGAGCGGCUGGCGGUUGGCCAUCCCGGCGCCAGAUCCAGCCUUCUAGAAGAACCAUGCCUCCUGCAGCUUUUCGUGGCACCUGUUGUGCCAGGCACACGCCGCUGCACAAGAGGAGAUGCCGUUUGAAUUCUCCGUGAAUGUUGGGAGGAGGAAUGUCCGUCCGAGCUGCGGGUAGAAAAUUAUCCAAACGAGAAAUACGUAGGCUGGGGACCCUGAAUCACCUCCGCCAGGAUGGACUUCUUGGUUCUCUUCUUGUUCUACCUGGCUCUGGUGCUGAUUGGUGUUGUUACAAUAUGCAUCUGCUCAAAAACCCAUUACCUGAAAGGCCUGGUCAGAGGGGGAGCACAGAUAAUUUCCUAUAUAACUCCAGAAUGCCUUCAGAGAACAAUGCUGAAAUUGCUUCAUUACCUCUUCCAUACACGAAACCACACCUUUAUUCUCCUGCACCUCAUCUUGCAAGGGAUGGUUUACAGUGAAUACACCUGGGAAAUAUUUGACUACUGUCAAGAGCUGGAGUUCUCCCUGCAUUACCUUCUUCUGCCCUAUCUGCUGCUGAUUGUAAACCUCGUGUUUUUCAUGCUCAGCUGUGUGAGCAAUCCUGGUACCGUAACAAAAGCAAACGAGUUAUUGUUUCUUCAAGUUUAUGAAUUCGACGAAGUGAUGUUCUCAAAGAAUAUGAAGUGCUCGUCUUGCAAUUUAAGGAAACCGGCGCGAUCCAAGCACUGCAGUGUGUGUAACAGGUGUGUGCACCGCUUUGACCAUCACUGUGUUUGGGUGAACAACUGUAUUGGGGCCUGGAACGCCAGGUACUUCCUCCUCUACCUCUUGACAUUGACGGCCUCAGCGGCCACCAUGGCCGUCGUGAGCACUGUGUUUUUGGUCCAGUUGGUGGUGGUGUCCGACUUGUAUCUGGAGACUUAUGUUGAUGACCUUGGACACUUCCAGGUUAUUGACAUUGUCUUUCUUAUUCAGUACCUGUUCCUGACCUUCCCAAGGAUUGUCUUCAUGCUGGGCUUUGUCAUCAUGCUGAGCUUCCUCCUGGGGGGCUACUUGUGCUUUACUUUGUACCUGGCUGCCACCAACCAGACCACUAACGAGUGGUACAGAGGUGACCGGGCCUGGUGUCAGCAUUGCCCCCACGUGGCCCGGCCCCCAUCAGCAGAGCCCCAGGUCCACCGGAACAUUCACUCCCAUGGGCUUUGGAGCAACCUCAGGGAGAUCUUCCUACCUGCCACUGCACAUUAUGAGAGAAAGAAGAUCUAAGAACGGGAAGUGUUACUGCCACUUAAAUAUAGUAUACAUUUAUUUAUACAUAUAGCUACUUUCUAAGCA